AACUCAUCAGCUGAACGGAUCCCGAUUUGAAUCGAAUAUCAACAACACCGACUGAUAGGAUUUUUUCGCUUUUAAAAUUCUUCAAUGGAAGGCAACCAGUGAAAGGGUGCAGCCAAGAAAUAGUAUACGGUGGUUGUUGUGUAAAGAACGCAAGGCCAAAACAGCGAGUGUCUCGCCUCAAGUAUCGAACCACAAUCACAAAUUCUGGCAGACACAGUCAAGUCGAACAAUCAGUGUAUUUUUUCUUUCGUUGCAAUAUAAUUCUUUCUGUCUGUGUACACGUAUCGAUGAUGAUGGUGAUGGGAUUUUUAGCAAAAGUGACUUCGUGGAAUGUUUAGCUCGCUCGAUGGCAGCAGCAAGUGGAAUUUGAGUUUGGUGCGGUCGCGAAGCUUUGUUUCUCCGUUUAUCGAUAUGAAAUCUUGUGUUUAGAAAUGGGUACGAUUGUUGAAGAAAUUCGCUCCAAGAUGUUUACAAACAGUAGUGCGUCGAAAGGGUUUUGCCCAUUUUGAGUAUCAAAUUUCUUUCCGAGCACCGCGGAAAAGCGUCCUUCGUCGAGUGUUUUUGUUUAUCGUCGUGGAAAAUUGUCGACGUAAGAGUUUUUCCACCGCAUCUGCCCUCCUCCGGGUGAUUGUGCCAUUGAUUCUGUUUUCCUACGCUUAAAAAUCGUGAAAUAAGUUCCCUCUGGAUCAGUGAAACUCCCCUCUGAAAAAAAAAAAUGGGAACCGAUCGGACCGUAACGCGACAGGCCCUGACCACGGUCUUCCUGUGCAUAAUGUGGUACAUCGUAUCGAGCAGCAAUAACGUCAUCGGGAAGAUGAUACUGAGCGAGUUCCCGUAUCCGAUGACGGUGACGAUGGUGCAGCUGACCAGCAUUACCCUGUACAGUGGACCGUUCUUCAAUCUGUGGGGGGUCCGGAAGUACGUGGACAUUAGCUGGCGGUACUACUUCAAAUUUAUCGUGCCCCUGGCCCUGGGGAAGUUCCUUGCCUCCGUUACCUCGCACAUCUCCAUCUGGAAGGUUCCGGUUUCGUACGCCCACACCGUGAAAGCAACGAUGCCGCUGUUUACGGUGAUCCUGUCCCGGGUCAUCAUGCGGGAACGGCAAACCCGUUCGGUGUACCUGAGCCUGGUGCCGAUCAUCGUCGGGGUCGGAAUCGCCACCAUGACUGAGCUAUCGUUCGACAGUGUCGGCCUGGUGAGUGCCCUGCUCGCCACCAUGGGCUUCUCGCUGCAGAACAUCUUCUCCAAGAAGGUCCUCAAGGAGACGAGCGUGCACCACCUCCGGUUGCUGCACAUCCUCGGCCGAUUGGCCCUGUUCAUGUUCCUUCCCCUAUGGAUCUACUUCGAUCUGUUUUCCGUUAUGAAACACCCCGCGAUCGCCCAAGCAGACUAUCGGAUCAUAGCGCUACUCUUCACGGAUGGGGUCCUAAACUGGUUGCAGAACAUCCUGGCCUUCAGUGUGCUCUCGUUGGUAACCCCGCUAACCUAUGCCGUGGCAUCGGCCAGCAAACGGAUCUUCGUGAUAGCCAUUUCGUUGUUCAUCCUCGGCAAUCCCGUUACCUGGAUGAACAUCUUUGGCAUGCUGAUCGCCAUCAUCGGGGUGCUGUGCUACAAUCGGGCCAAAUUCUUCUCCCGGAUGCAGCAACCCAAGGAAACGAUCCUGCCGUAUUCGCUGAACAACAACAUCAAGUACAGCCCGCUGCGGGACGAAAGCUCCCAUUUGCUACAAUCAAACGGAUCUUCCCUCAACGGGAAGGUCUACAAAAAUGGCUCUUCACCAUCAAUGGCCAACGGGGGUAGCAGCAUAAUGAUGGCCUCCGAUUACUUCCGGAAGGAUGACAGGAGCGGGACGAAUUUGUUGCUGAGCAAUAGUAGCAACAACGACAACGGCAAUGGAACGUUACUGAGCGCCGCAAAUGGAAGCAAACUGCUGUUCGUGUAGUUGCGGAAAAGCAAUAGUUACAUACUACGAUUGUUGUUUCUAUAAGUUUUUCUUUCUGUUCGUUUAAUGUUUUUUAGGACAAUGGCGUUGAACCAUUUCUAUAUAGGAUUCCUUUCAUCAAUUUUGUACAGUUGUAAAGUGUGUUUGCAUGUGUUCGAGGAGAUCGACACUGGCCGAUGAUUUAUGGAUAAUUUGAUAAACGUAAAAGACAGUAAGGAAACGUACUACAACGCAAAAUAACAACAAACAAAAAGUUGUGUUGUUUUAAAAAAAGGUGCAAUCAUGGCUUUCAGGCUCUUCGAGAGCUGUAAAAAGUCUGAUGAUAUAGAGAACGGAAGGGCGAUAAAACCAGCGUCUGAAAAUUUAGUAAACUGAUCUAUAGAAAUAACUAUUUAUUUUGUUCUUCUCUAAAAAGGAAGAAUUAGGAGAUGCAAUUAUUUUCAUUUAAACCUCGUGAUGCUAUGAAAACAAUAACUGGACAACAGCACAGCGACUUAGAUCUAACAAAACUAUAUAUUUUUCUUGCAAUAGAAUUUCGCUUGCGACAUUACAGAAAUAUACGGGCCAAAAGAGCGGCAGUUUUCAAAACUGACGGAAGCUAUACAGUAUUUGCUUAAUGAGUAUAAAGCGCAGUGAGGACAGUGAUCGAGAGAGCCAACAAUACAGUUUAUUUGAAGUUGAAACGGGAAAAAACACCACGCCUGGACAAACUAUUCUUCUAACCCAAUAAUAAAUCUCUGCGUGUAUAAAGUUAGCAUUUUUGCCCUCAAUAAAAGCCAAGAUUUAUUUUUUAUCAUCAUUA